AUGAAGUUCAAACGCCAAAAGAAGUCGGGCGAUCCCUCCCUCCUGUCGUUGCCUCUGCCCGCCAGUCAGGCCGACAUGUGGACUUGUGGAUCGGCCAGUUCCAUACGAGGCCUUCCCACCGGCCACGAUGGCGCUCAGCCCUACCGACCGUCAGAGUCGCCGGAGCGAUUGAGGCCAACCGUCUGGACGACGGAUGGUUUCGGCAGCGGGCCAUUGGGGCCCGAUGAAAUGCAUCUUUCGUCCAGCCAGUUUUUGAGGUCUCCCUUCGGCAGGCCUCAUUUCCUCCAAGGGACGGUUGCCAACCUCGAGGCCGACAAGAGACAGACACGACCCUCUUCCGGACUCGACGUACCUUUAACUCCAGCCUAUAAAAGCCUAGAUCAUGCAGUCUUUGAGCCUUCCGAGCCGAAAUUUCAAUGUCCACACACGGCCCAACCAUGCCAUGCUCCACAGCCCUCGGCAACACCAUCGCCUUCAUGUCGGUCACACGUCGUCAUGCCGACGCGUUCCUUCUCCUCGCCCCAAUUCCCCGUCGUUCAGGCGGCACAGUCGAGUCUGCCGCUGCCAUUUGAGACGAACGGCCAGUUUGGCGAGGCAAUCACGAAUCCCCGUCAGCCGCACCAACCGGCCACAUUGCGGCCGAGAUUAGGCGAGGUUUGGACACCGACGAUCGGCUGUUGGUGCCAUGCGGUGGGGCAUGGCCAAGAGGGGUACACUUCGCAAGAUUUACACCCUCCUCGAGACUUGGGAGGGUGGAGUUGUCAACAAUUUUGUCCGAACAGUCGCCAACUCGAGGCGUCCCACCGGCCAAGUCCGCUGCCGUCCGGUCUGGUCGAAGAAUGGCGGACAAACUUCUGGCCCGCCACAAAGCAGACUUUCGCCCAAGAUACUGUUGUCGAGGUGCCUAAACUAUGGUCUGGGAGCAGUUCCGACGUCUACGUGGAGGGAAGAGACAGCCAGACGGAGUCUAGAGGGUCAUCAAGGAGACGGGAAAUUGAGAAUUUUGAGAAUGAAAACGAAGAAGAGAAUGGUGAUGGCGAUAAUGCUGAUGCUGAAACGGAUACUGCUGCUGCUACUGCUGCUGAUUAUGCUGAUGAUGAUGAUGAUGAUGGUGGAGACGAAGAGGGAGAAUGGGAAGGCAUGGAAAUCAGUGAGACAGAAGACGGGCAAGAAAUGGGAGGUGGAGUGAAGCCUCAGGAUGGAUUAAAUUCCACAAAUAACAAACUCUGUUCCUCUUUUCACUUCAAGACCUCCCUGUUGCAGCAGCAAAAAUACAAAGAAUUGCAGAAAGUGGGAGCAUUUGCGCCGAACUACGAUAAAAGGCUUAAAAAUAUGACUACUUAUGGCAACUACUUAAAUCAUUAUGACUAUAAUGAAGGCCAGAUGAAUGAAUAUAUUGACUGCAGGAGGCUCAGAAGGUUGGAGAAUUAUGACUGUCAAGCACACUUUGUUGACAGGUGA